GCGCGCUCCUCGGCGCCGUGAGGGGGAGCGGGGCCGCCAUGUUGGCUCCGGGGGUGGCGGGACGGGCCCUGAGGCGGGCCCUGGGCCUGAGCCAGGGGCUGCUGAGCCCGGGAGCACCGGGAAUGGCGGCGGGACGGGCCCUGAGCCAGGGGCUGCUGAGGCCAGGAGCACCGGGAAUGGCGGCGGGACGGGCCCUGAGCCAGGGGCUGCUGAGGCCGGGGACACCGGGAGUGGCGGCGGGACGGGCCCUGAGCCUGAGCCAUGGCCUGGGCUCGGUGGUGGUGGAACGCGUGUGGCCGGUGCCGCUGGCGCGGCUGGGAGCGGCUCCCCGGUUCCACCCGCGCCGGCACCGCGUGUUCCGCCUGUUGAGGGACGGGAAGCACCUGCCCCGUUCCCGAAUGGAGCUGCUCCUGACCCGCUCCGUGCAGGGUGAGCCAUCCCAGAAUCCCGGGAAUCCCGGGAAUCCCGGGAAUCCCCACAUUCCCAGCCCUUCCCCUCCCGCUUUUAUCCCAUUUUCCCCUUUCUGUUCUUCCUUUCCCAUGGGGGAGCUGAUUCCAGGAAUUCCGCAUUCCCUGGAAUUCUGGCAGUGAGCCCUUCCCGGAAUCCUGGGAAUUCCCACAUUCCCAACCUUUUCCCAGCUUUUUCCUUCUCCUUUUGUCGCAGUUUUAACUCAUCCCUGUAGGAAUGGGGCAGAAUUCCCUCCUUAUUCCAUUCCCAGUGGCCCAGGGAUUCAUCCCUUGCUCAUGGGAGGAUUUGGGAUUCCAGAAUCCAGGGAAAUUUCCCUUCCUGUGCCACUGGGAAUGUGAUUUAUUCCAUUUUUUCCUCAUUUUUCCCAUUUUUUCCUUUAUCCAUAUGGAAAAAAAGCAGAAUUCCUGCAUUUUCCCAUUCCCCUUUUGUCCCAUUCCCAGUUAUCCGCUGGCACAGGGAUCCAUCCCACAUUUUUGGGAUGAUUUGUGUCCCAAAUCCAUGGAAAUUCCCCUUCCCAACUCAGGAGACUCCAAUCCAUUCCUUCCCAUUUGAUCCCUGGAAUUU